AUCUGGUUUUCAUCAUUCAAAUGACCUGCCUGAAAACAGGAUGCAUAUGCAAUUUACUCAUCCAGGAGGUUUUAGAGGCCAGGCUUGUCAAAUGAAUAGGCUCUCUCAUAGCAGACACUUCUCAGUCUCAAACAGAAGCUGUUUUCACAGUUCAGGAUCAACACUUCCCACCAAUAAUCAUACUUUAAUGGAUUUAACACGAUCUUUAAGUCAUGGAAAUUCAGAAACCAUGAGUCUUGUGGAAGAGGCCGUUCUUCAUCUCUGUGAAAGCACUGAGGCAAAAUCUGUCACUAAAAAUCUCUUUCAGGCAUCAAGGCUUGAACUUUGUUUUUUAAAAGGUCACUCGGAGGCGUUCUCGAAUGCUUUCUUUGGGUACACUACUUUAGUGACAGCAGAGAAUUAUGCUAUGGUCAAGAACUUAGAAGGCAAAUCUUUGAAAGCCCUUCUUGUGGAUGGAGAAGUGGCUGAGAAUUUUAGACAUGUAGGCUUCAAUAAGGCAACAAAUGUAAGGUCAAUAGCGGAGUUUAAAAGUAGUGGACAUGAUCACUCAUGGAUAAGUAAUGUUUGUAGAAAAGUGAUUCAAGCUGGUAUUGAUGUAAUUUUAGUGGCGGGUGAUGUCUGUCAAGAGUUUAUGAUGCAGUGCAGUUGUAGAGGUAUUCUGGUUAUCCCUCACGUAAGACAAUAUGUUCUGCAGGCAUUCAGUGAAUGCACAGGAGCAGAACCUGUGACUUACCUAACACAGAUUAAUUACAACAGCAUAGGCUGCAAUGUGUAUGUAAGUAUAUGUAUGCGGGGGAAGAACAUUAUAGAAUGCAGUCAGAGCAUUGCUGUUAACCUCAGGGCAAAAGGUUUGAAUCUUGUCACCGCUGUUAUAAGUUGCAGAUUGCCAGCAAAAGAGGAAUUAAUGGAAGAUGAAUUUUGGGCCUGCACUUAUAGAAUACAUCACGCCCUUUAUGACCAGAAAGUGUUUCCUGGUGGCGGUGCAGUUGAACUGUUGUGUCUCAGCCAUCUUAGAAAACUUGAAGGAAUUGUUGGAACGUUUGUUUCAGCCAGUAAAGGAACUUAUCCCUCAUCAUGGCUUUCUACCACUGCCAUACAUUACAAAGGUUAUAUAUACAAGUGCCUUGCUGAUGGUUUCUAUAAAUAUCUUUCCGUUCUUCUCUGUAAUAUGGGUGACUAUUCUUCAGAGCUGGAAGCCAUGACUUUCAUAGAAAAUGAACUAAAGGUCAUUAGAGAUUUUCCUUCUCCUUCUUCAUAUAUUUUAAAUGAAUAUGUCAGAAAACUUGUUUCAGUUGAUGGUCAAGAACGUCCCUCAUCACAUAGACCCACUGUGUUUGAUAAUGUGAUCCCAAAGCUGGAGGCAUGGCGUAGAGCCUUGCAUUUGGUUCUUAUUGUUCUUCAGUCAGAUGCAGAGAUCAUCACAGGGUCAGCUGCACACACACGUAUAGUAAUGGGGGAUUUUUUAACUGGAGAACAUCUAUUUCUGUAA